AUUGAUGAUGGCUUUUCAUUGUGGCUGUGCACGCGCUUAACUCAGAGUCAACCUACUCAGAGUCGAUUGAACUAACUCAGAUCAGCUUUUCUGUAACCGAAAACUCAGAGUUUACUAUCUCAGAGUAAAUCAACUCAGAGUUCAAGUUUAAACUCAGAGUUGGUUGAACCUCCUUAUUGAAACGGGCCCCAGCUAAACCAUCAAACCAGCAUUAGCACCAGCAUUAGCACCAGCUAAACCAGCAACAAACCAGCAUUACGACCAGCUAAACCAGCAUUAGCACCAGCAUCUCAUGCUGGCCAUACCAGCAUAUGUUGUGUUUUGGUGCUGGUAUGCUGUGACCACUAGCUAAACCAGCAUAGACCAGCAUAAUUCCCAUGCUGGUUUGAUGCUGUUUUUUUUCAGCAGGGAUUUGUGCUUAUGGUUUUGCCAAAAGAGUGACUGAUUCAAUCAGUGGGUUCAGGCAACUGAGCAUUUGGUUCACACAAUAGGGUUUAGUGUUUUAGCAAUUGAGAAAAUCAGUUUGAAGCAGUAAGCAUGAUGACUUAAUGGUCGUUUCUCAAUACGAAAAACGCAUUUGCAGGCUGCAUACGUUAUCUAAACUGCCUUAUUUCAGUGUAUAUUAACAAUUAUAAAGUUGAAAAAUAUUCGUAGUUAAUCGUAAAUUGUUGUAAUAUGCUUAUGACUUGCGAAUGUAAUGCUUAGUUCAUUUAAAUAAACCAGGUUUGAUGGCGUAUGCAAAUAUAUAGCAAAAAAAUUGACUGCACGCUCACUUGCAAAAUAAUUUUAUUUUAACCAACGUUUCGGCAAAUAGCCUUCGUCAAGGUAUGUGAUGGCGUAUGCAGCCUGCAUAUGCGAUAUCCGGAGGAUGCAGCCUUCGAAGUGAGAAACGUUUCACUUUGGCAUCAAAAUAGUGUGACACUGGAAUUUAUUAUUAAAAAUCUCAUUUAUUAAAGCCAUAUUAUUAGGAGAGACCGUAAAUACGUUGUUUGAAGCAGGCGCCUCGAAAGACGCCUCGAAAGAAAGUUUGAGGCUACACACGCUUAGACCAGCGUGGCGCGAGGCUCCGUGUGCAGACUGAAAAGACGCUGAGAAAAGAAAAGCAUCUCGACUCGGACAAGAAGACCAGACAAAGGUAAUAUAUGUAUUUUUUGUCCUUAUAAUUCUACCUGACUGCGCUGCUUUUCUUCAUGUAAGUUAGUGAUUAUAUUAUUAGCUAACCCAACUUGCUGGUGUGAUACGUAGGCUCAUAUAUACAUUAGGCUAACAUUGCGAUGUACCAUGCUUAACGUGUUCUUUGGGUCGUGCAGUUAAGACAUUGUAAUUGUUUAUUCGAGUUGUUUCCCAUGCUUCUGGGAAUACGUCUUGUACCCAGGGAUUUGAACCCUCAGCAGUGUUUUCAAAUGUAAGGGCGUGACAUUAGACGUUUGCGCCUUUUUUCUCAUUCAGUGGCAGACAGUGCUUAACGUUAGUUGUGGUACUCUAUCCGGGUGGUUGUAUCGACCAUCGACAGUAAGUCUUUUAGAGGAACAAAGUUUUUAUUAAAAAGUUACUCGAAACUUGGUUGUUUUCUUUUUGUUUUAGGUGAGUUGAAGUUUGCUAUGUCUUAACACGGUGCAUCUCAACAUUUUUGUGUUGCCCUCAAAGUUAAAUGUAGCUUUAAAUGUUGAAUUGUUAUUUCUGUGCAAAGUCAGUGUAUACAUUUAGAAGCUUAUUCUUUAUUGCAAACUUCGUCACGAUGAACGAACCACAUUGAUAAUUUUCCCUCGCUUCUGUGAAUACUGGAUAUCUUGUAUCACCUAUAUUUGAACCUAUCAUAUGCCAGCAUUGUUUUUUGAAAAUAGCCAGGUAACGGUUGACUCUUUUAACUAGAAGAAUUGCGCCUUUUUCUGUUCAGUGGCAGGGCUCACUUUGUUUAGCUAGUGCUGCUCGGUCCGGAUGGUUGUAUUGAAUGUCCUGCUUUGGUGAGGAAUUUUUUUUUAUUCGAGAGAUAACCUUAAAUUUUUGCUAAAGUUACUGUUUUUUUUGUUGUUGUUGAAGUUUGCUACAUCACGAAUAUCUUAUCAAGCUGCAUCUCAAGUUUUGUAUUGCCCUCACAGUGAAGUUAAAUAUAGCUUGAAAUGUUGAAUUGCAAUUUCUGUGGAAAGUCAGUGAAAACAAUCAGAGGUUAUGUUCUUCAUUGCAAAUUGCAUCGAAAUGAACCACAUUGUUUAUUUAAGUGUUGUGGUGCCGGUUGCGGUAGGGCAUUUGUCAGAUAUGGAGCAUUUAAGGCACAUUUCUACCGCAAGCAUAACGUACCUGCUGCCCCUGUUAGUGUUAGGGCUGUUGUUAAUACUUAUAGAUGCCCAGUUGCAUUGUGUGAACACCAAUGUCAAGAGAUCAAGGAUCUGUUAACACACUUGAAGGAACAUAUUGCUGAAGGAUGUGCAGUAGGUUGUCCAGUGACUGGAUGCAAAGGUGUUUUCAAUAUCAAAUCUUCAUUUACAUCUCACAUGUCGCGGAAACACAGAGAUUUUUCAGAUGGCAGUAUCAGUGACUUGUACAGAGAAUCUGCAUCUCAGUCAUCGGUUGCAACUGUUGUAACUGAAUCAGAUAGCUUUGGCCCUCAAGUGAAUGAGGUAGAGACAGAUGAAGGUGAUAUGGAUAUAGCAGAAAAUUUUAGUGAUCUUUUUCUCAGAAAUGUCAGUUUGUUUUACUUAAAAUUACAGGGGCAGUUUAUGCUACCUGCUUCGACCAUUCAGAAUAUUGUUGAGGAGAUGCAAAACAUUCACGACUUGGGUCAGACAUAUACUUUGAGUAAACUUAGUUCAUUGUUAAAAAAUGAGACACCAUUGUCAGAUGAGGACAUCACCAAAGUUUGUGAGUCUGUUAAAGGUUUCGAUCUGUUUUCUGCAUGUCAUACAGGGCCGAUGAGGACAGCAUACUCAAGAACGCAGUCUUUCAAAAAAAUGUUCAACUUUAUUGAGCCUAAGAAAUUGUUUUUAGGAAGAGAUGAGAAUCGGAGAGACAGGUUUGCCUAUUAUGUUCCAGUGAGGGAGACUUUAAAAUGUUUGUUAGAGUCUGAUCUAUGGUUGAGUUGUGUAUCAGGAGCGCACUCGACUGAGACUUCUGUGGAUGUUCUAAGCGACAUUAGUGAUGGUCAAAUAUUUAAGAACAAAGAUUUUUUUGUGCAAAACCCAUCCUGUUUAAAGUUAGUGCUAUACCAGGAUGCCUUUGAAGUUGUAAAUCCUCUAGGCUCUGCAAAGACCAAACAUAAAGUAUUAGCUGUUUAUGUGUCUGUUGCUAAUCUGCCACUUCAUGUACGGUCUGACACAGACCACAUGUCACUUGUUUUAUUGUGCAGAGAGAAAGAUUUCAAAGAAUUUGGCCAUGCUAAGGUGUUCUCUGAAUUUCUAGGCGACUUGAAGGAAUUGGAGGAGAAUGGGAUAGUGACAUCUCAUAAAACGGUAGUCAGAGGGACCUUGUAUUGCAUUGCUGGCGAUAAUUUGGGCUCGCAUUGCAUUGGUGGUUUUUCUGAAAAUUUCAGUUGUUCUCAAUAUUUUUGUCGGUACUGUCUCAUAACUCGAUCUGAAUUUCAGGGUGAUGAUCCAAAUCUGUGUGGACCAGAGCGCACCAUUGAGAAGUACGAUUCUGCCAUUGAGCGCCUCCAGACUGAAGAUACAUCAGAAGGAGUGAAGUUCAGAAAUGGAUAUUUCAGAGCAAAACAACAUCAGAAGUUCCAUUACUAAGGUGUUGCCAGACCUCCCAGACCCAAUUCUAAACCUUGUGGAGGAGACACUACAAUCAUUGGGGGUUGAGACCACUGAGGAUUUUCACUUUUUACAGGAGGCUGAUCUUGCAUCAGUUUUACGACCAAUACAAGCGUGAAGAUUGGUUGCUGCAUGGAAACAAACCAGUAAGUACAAAUCAACAGAAUUUACUUGAACAUAUAUCAAUGGUUCAAUCACCAUUUGUUCAUUUGAUAUUCAAUAGAAAUACCAAACAUUAGUUUUUAUGCUCACAGAAAAAAAACAUGUUGAAAAACGAGCACAGGUGCAAAUUUGAUUUUGAAAACUGCUGCCUUAUGCCAACGACGCUGGUGACUUUGGAUAGACCACCAUGUAUACUUCACAUAUCGUAAUUUCCCGACUAUAAGCCACAAUUUCUACACAAAAUUUGCAAAAAAAUCUAUAUCUCUGCGGCUUAUACACAUUACGUUUCAAUCAUCUUCCAUCAUAUUCUCGUCAGAACAGUGAGCAGAUUCUAUGAUAGAAAUUUUAGAUCUUCUCUAGGCAGAAGAUUUUCAUCUGUUUGAUAUUUCAUUUGCAAUUCUGAAUAUCAAAUGAACUAAUGGUACACAGACCACCAAUCAGUUUAAUACAUCUUUAAUUUUAUUAUUUUUGUUUUACAGUUCAGAGCCCUGAAACCCACAGCCAGUCAGCUGUCAGUCCUUCAGUCUCACCUCUCACCUCUUCUAACUCCA